UGGCGCUCGACGCUCAUCGGCCAUUUGUCCAGCAGCAGCACAGCGUUUCUCAUUGGGAACACCAAGAAAUUAGGAUGAAGUACUUCGUGUUAGCCGCGUUGGCAGUGAUCCUUGGCACAGCUAGUGCCGAGAUCAAAACCGAGGAGGAUGUCCUUGUCAUCACCAAGGAUAACUUCGAGGAAGCACUCAAGCAACACGAUUAUCUUCUUCUCGAAUUUUAUGCCCCAUGGUGUGGACAUUGCAAGGCUUUGGCUCCAGAGUACGCCAAGGCUGCUGGAGAAUUACUUAGCCAAGGCUCCGAUAUUAAAUUAGGUAAAGUAGAUGCCACCAUUGAAAGUGACUUGGCUGAGAAACAUCAAGUCAAGGGAUACCCAACCCUUAAGUUUUACCGCAAGGGAGUUGCAAUUGAUUACGGUGGUGGCCGUAAAUCUGAUGAAAUUAUCAACUGGCUGCUCAAGAAGACUGGCCCACCAGCAAAGGACCUCACAUCUAUUGAUGAAACCAAAACAUUCAUUGAUGCUCACAAUGUUGUUAUUGUUGGUUUCUUCAAGGAUCAAGAAUCUGAAAAUGCCAAAGUCUUCAAGGAGGUUGCCAAUGCUGUUGAUGACCAGGUAUUUGGUAUCAGCAGUAGUGAUGAAGUGUUUUCUGAAUAUGGUGUUGAAGAUGGCAAAGUUGUCCUCUUCAAGAAGUUUGACGAUAACAAGGCAGUAUUUACUGAUGAAUUCAAUAUUGACAACCUGAAGAACUUUGUUGCUGUUGAGUCUCUGCCUCUGAUUGUUGAAUUCAACCAGGAAACUGCCCGAACAAUCUUCGGUGGUGCGAUUAAAGGUCACCUCCUUGUCUUCCUCAGCAAAGAAGCUGGACACUUUGAGAAAUACGUUGAAGAGCUCAAAAAGCCCGCCAAAGAAUUCCGUGGAAAAGUUCUAUUCGUGACGAUCGACGCCGAUGAGAACGACCACGACCGCAUCCUUGAGUUCUUCGGAAUGAAGAAAGAACACGUACCCGGCAUGCGUAUCAUUAAGCUCGAAGAAGACAUGUCCAAAUAUAAGCCCGAGAAGGACGAAAUCUCUGCUGAAAAUGUCUACGACUUCGUCAGUAAAUACACCGAAGGUAAACUCAAGAAGCAUUUGCUUACUCAGGACUUACCAGAAGACUGGGAUAAAAACCCCGUUAAGGUUCUCACUGGUACCAACUUCGCUGAUGUUGCCUACGACAAGACUAAGCACGUUCUCGUUGAAUUCUACGCUCCAUGGUGCGGACAUUGUAAACAACUUGCUCCCAUAUACGACAGCUUAGGUGAAAAAUACCAGGACAGUGACAAGGUUGUCAUUGCUAAGAUGGACGCCACUGCCAAUGAACUGGAAGAUGUCAAAAUCAUGAGCUUCCCUACCAUCACCUUGUACAAAGCUGAGACUAACGAGGCUAUCCAAUAUAACGGCGAGAGGACUCUUGAAGACCUUGCUAAAUUCGUCGACUCGGAAGGUGCUAUUGGACAAGGCCCAGAUGAGACUGAAGAAGAAGAUGAAGACGAUGACGUCCCACGAAAGGACGAACUGUGAGAAUAUCGCGUACACAAUCACAAUCAAAAGUUCGUACCGAACAAAGAUCAACUCGACAAUUAUGUCCUUUAUGUUGGCGAGAAAAAACGAUUUUUUCGCUACACGGAUAUCAUGGCUGUAAACCAUCUGUUUAGCCUAAUUUUCUUUUUUUAUACAUAUAAGUUUACAUAUGAAGUGUAACUAGCGUGAUUCAAUGUGUAAAUGUUUUUAUUGAAAUUUCCUUGUACAGAUUUAAACUCGUUUGAAGCUCGUGUUUCAUUAUUUUCUUGUUUUUUUCUACUGUAACUUUGAUAAUUAUUAAAGUUUGAUGCGGAGACCAAGAUUGACAUUUGUACUUAUGUCUCUUGUCUUCCAUCGGCGUCACGACCGGGUGGAAUGAAUUUUUGACACGAACGCAUACAAAAAAAAUAUUUUUAAUAUUAAGAAUCCCUCUUUGUAGCCAGUGGACAUUAUUUCAAGGAACUAUUUUUCCGAAUAUCUUACAUUCUGACUUUGUUAGCCAUUCCGGUGAUACAGCAAGAUAACAGAUAUAUAGAAUGUACGUAUGCGUGAGUGCAAGAGAGAGAAAAAUAGAAACGCAUUAUUAAUUCUUUAAAAACAGCGCGAAACUCUGCCGUUAGUUGGCGGGUGCCUUACAAAUUUCACUGUUCAGAAUGUUAUUUUAUGAUUUAUGUA